AUGACUGGACGGCAAGCACGCGAGCGCAGAGAUUAUCUCUAUCGCAAAGCUCUCCAGCUCAAGGAUGCAUCUAUCGCGGAACGAAGAGCAAAGCUGAAGGAGUCGCUGGCCUCGGGGAAACCGCUGGAUCCGUCAAUUGCGAAUGAUAGAAAGCUGAGGGAAGACUUCAAGUACGACGAGUCCCUUCAGACGGCAGAUCCAAAGGCAAAGGGAGGGGAGGAAAUCGACAUCGACGAUGAGUACGCCGUCACCUCUGGCCUGGUCGACCCGCGGCCGCUCGUUACGACGUCUCGAGACCCGUCGUCCCGUCUGAGCACGUUUGCCAAAGAGAUACGUCUGCUCAUGCCUACCUCUAUACGGCUGAAUCGAGGAACGCUGGUGCUCAACGACCUGGUGGCCAGCGCAACCGCCUCAGCGCUCAGUGACAUGGUCAUAGUGCACGAGCACCGAGGCACGCCCACGGCUAUCACGAUCUCACAUCUGCCUCAUGGCCCUACCGCCAGUUUCUCUCUGCACAACGUCGUCCUGCGAGCAGACAUACCCAACGCCGCGCGAGGGACGGUCUCGGAGAGCUACCCGCAUCUGAUAUUCGAAGGGUUCACGACCAAGCUGGGCAAGAGGGUUGUUCAGAUCCUCUCUCACCUUUUCCCCCCUCGGGAAGCAGGCAAGGUCGGCAGCAGGGUGGUUACGUUCAAAAACAUCGAAGACAGCAUCGAGGUACGACACCAUGUCUUUGUCAAGACCGGCUACCAGGACGUCGAGCUGGCGGAGGUCGGGCCUCGCAUGACCAUGCGCCUGUUCGAGAUCAGGGGAGGCACGCUGGAGAAAGGCGCCGGAGGUGAUGUUGAAUGGGCGCUUACCCAGUACACCAGGACCAGCAAGAAGAAGGACUACUUAUGA